GGGGGGGGGGGGGGGUGGAUCAGACUUUGGACCGUUGCGUCCACAAAGAAGCAGCACAGCACUCGGCUCUGAUGAAGGCGAUGUGGCUCAGAGUCUUCUUCACCCUGGUCUUCAGCCUCUGCGGCUGCCAGCCGGCGUCAGUCUUUCUGGAUCCAGAUCGAGCCCAUGGCGUCCUGGUCCGGACUCGGAGGUAUAACUCGGGCUGGUUCGAAGAGCUGCAGAUGGGAGAUCUGAAGAGGGAGUGUCUGGAGGAGAAAUGUUCGUACGAGGAGGCCCGGGAGGUCUUUGAACACACCGAGACCACGAACGAGUUCUGGACGACGUACAACGUCCCAGACAGCUGUAAGUCCAGCCCCUGUCUGAACGGUGGCAGCUGCUCCACCCAGAGUUCGUCCUACACCUGCUUCUGUCUGCCACAGUUCAGUGGACUCAACUGUGAGCUUGAGUUCCUGGCCGUCCCCAACACCUGCCUGCUGGAGAACGGAGGCUGUGACCAUUUCUGUGAUGAAGACAAGGAAGCACAAAGAGUUAACUGCUCGUGUGCAGACGGCUACUUCCUGGAUGCUGACGGGCAGAGCUGCGUAGCGAUAGGGUCGAUAGCGUGUGGCAUGGUGCCUGUCCUGCAGGCUAAAAACAAAGCCCACCAGCUGGACUCUCGAGCUCGAAUCGUUGGAGGGACAGAGUGUCCCAAAGGUGAAUGUCCCUGGCAGGUUUUGCUGAUGUACAAAGACAAAGGUUUCUGUGGAGGAGUGAUUUAUAAACCCACGUGGAUCCUCACAGCGUCUCACUGUAUGGAGAACACAGACAUCCGGUUCCUGAAGGUGGUCGCAGGUGAACACAACACAGGUGUGAAGGAGGGCACGGAGCAGUUCAUCCAUGUGUCUGAGAUCAUCAUGCACGAGAAUUACGUGAUGCAAACCGCCGACAACGACAUCGCCCUCCUUCGCCUGGCGUCGCCCAUCACCUACACACAGUACGCCGUCCCAGUGUGCCUGCCGACUCGCCGCCUGGCUGAGCUCGACCUCUGGGCCAUCCAUCUGCACACGGUGAGCGGCUGGGGGAGGAGGGGCGAGAAUGGACCCACCUCGCACCUCCUGCGACGCCUGAAGGUGCCACGGAUCCGGACGCAGCAGUGCAUGGCAGAGAGCGGCGUGGUGCUCACCAAGAACAUGUUCUGUGCCGGGUACAUCGAGGGCCGGCAGGACUCGUGUAAAGGCGACAGCGGCGGGCCCUUGGUGACGCAGUACAAGAACACCACGUUCCUGCUGGGCAUCGUCAGCUGGGGGAAGGGCUGCGCCCGACCGGGCAACUACGGCAUCUACACCCGGGUGUCCAACUACCUGGAGUGGAUUCAUAACCGAACGGCGACGACAGAUCGUCCGAAAAACCUCACAGAGGCUCUGACUCACAACCUGACCACCUGAGGGCCGGUGUGGACCGGAUCAACUGCCCAGGGGCCUCGUUGUUGGGCCCCUGUGGAGCGACCAGAGCUGACACCAUAACAACGUUGAUCAUCGAAUAAUCGUUUAGUCAUUUAUCAGGAAAAAACUUGUUCCAGCUUCACAAACGUUAAGAUGUGUUUGUCAUGAACGACAGAACAAACCAGCGACCUCUGUGUUUCAGACUGUUGAAUAAAAGAAAACAUCUGCUCCAGCUGUUUACACUUCUGAUUAUUAUCUGACGUUUUAACGACUGAGGAUUAAUUAAUUUAUCAAAAAGCUUUACUUCAGCAUAAUCUAACGAUGUACACCAGCCAGUGAGCUUCAGUCUUUAUGUUUAACAAGAAUAAAAGUGUCAGUUACACUGAUAAUAAUUUAUAAUCUGACUUCACUGUUUUGUAGGAAUAAAACAAAAUAUUUCACACCUAAAAAAA